UGUUGCGCACUCUUCUUUCCCAUAUCAUCAAAGAAAACAUCAUAUCCCUCUACCAAUCACUCCAUCCGACGAUACAAGUAAAAAUGUCCAGCAACGCAGCCAAGAAAAUUGUUGUGUUCACUGCCACCGGCAGUCAGGGUAGUUCUGUAGCUCGAUACCUCUCCGAGGCCGGUUACAAGAUUGUUGCUCUUACUAGGGAUACUGAGAGUAAGAGCGCCAAAGCUCUCAAGGCUAAAGGCUAUGAAGUUGCGAGAGCUGACAACACCGAUCCUGAGUCCUACAAGCCUGCCCUCCAAGGAGCUUAUGGUGCUUUUGUCAACACUGAUUUCUGGUCGAUUUUUCCCACUAAGAACUUUGACCCCGAACUCACCCAGGCGGAAGAGUUUAAACAAGGCACAGCCGCCUUGCAGGCUUGCAAAGAGGCGGGAUUGAAACAGAUCGUCUACUCAACUUUGGAUGAUGGAACGGGAUGCGUGCACUGGCAGUCCAAAGCAGAAGUCUCCAAAUGGGCAAAGAACAACGACAUCCCCAUUACCAACCUUGUACUCACGUUCUACUACGAGAACAUCGUCAAAAUGAACGCAUGUGCCGGUGAUGACCAGGGCCCCAAUACCUUUACCCUUAACUUGCCUCUCCCAGAGGAUUCCUUAGUCCCUGGGUUCCCCGUUGCUCAGACUGGAUUGUGGGUCAAGACAGCGUUCGAUGACCCUAAGAACUGGAUCGGCAAAGACAUAUAUGCCUGCACUGAUAUUAUAACAGUCAAGGAGAUGGCGGAUCAGCUCUCUGCUGUCAGCGGGAAGACUGUUAAGACCAACGGGUUGCCAGUUGAAGUCUUUAAGAGUAAGGAUUUUCAAAAGAAGGUCGGUCAAGAGCUUUGGGACAACAUGGACCUUUUCUAUCGAAGAUUCCUCCAAAGAGAUGUCCAGGAGAGUGUGCGUCUGGCACCUGGUGCUUGGAGUUUUGAGGCUUGGGCAAAGCAGAAUGAUCAGCUCAAGAAGGCUCUAGGCUUUUAAAUUAGUAUUGAGGCAUGAAGAUGAAAGCCAGCUAGUCAAUCUAUGCUUGUGAAAGGUUGCGAGGAGCGACUUCCCCAUUAUUAUUGUACUCGUUCCAAGUUCAAUGAAUACUGUUGUAUUUCGUGCCAAUGUAUAUAUAUAUAUCAUUGAUAGUUCUUGUAAUUAUGGUAACCGGACCAUAAUCGUUCGUAGGUUCGCUGCUACACCAGAUAUCGAAGUGGCUCAAAGAAUGCUGAAUAUAUAUACAACGACGAUUGAUAAGGGUAAUGGUAGAAUGGCUGAAGUGGCAUGUACAUGUUUGAGGUUGCG